CAAGUUACUUUGCUAGUUAGUCAGCCAGAGACUCAGGCUCUUAGAGUCGUUACAUGUCUAUUCUAGACAGAAGAUGUAAAAUUUGUUUUCAACUACUACAAUGGUUAGAAACCUUCUCUGCAAGUUCACCCUGUUCAUUUUUUUUAUGGUCUCUCUGCAACUCACAGUCAGUACAGCAAGUCAUUUUGUGCUAGUUCAUGGCGCUUGUCAUGGGAGUUGGUGCUGGUACAAGGUGGCCACUCUCCUGAAAUCAGCAGGUCACAUGGUCACAACUGUGGACCUUGGUAGUGCUGGGAUCAACCCGAAACAGCUCAAUCAGAUGACUACUUUAUCCGUCUACUUAGAGCCAUUGAUGGGGAUUAUGAUGGCGCUGCAGCCAGAAGAAAAGGUGGUCUUGGUUGGACAUAGCCAAGGUGGGAUUGCUAUUUCAGUUGCUGCAGAGAAGUUUACCAAGAAUGUUGCUGCAGCUGUCUAUGUCACUGCUUCCAUGCCCAAGCCUGGUUUCAAUAUUCUUCAAUAUUAUCAGCAGUUGCAUCCAUCGCAAUUUGGAGACAGCAAUUUUACAUUUGAGACAGGAGCGGGUUCAAGUUCACUGUUUUUCGGACCCAAAUUUCUGAAAUCCAAGUUAUAUCAACUCUCUCCACCAGAGGACUUGACACUAGCAUUGUCAUUGAUAAGACCAGUUCCAAUUUUUAGAGAUGAAGGGUCUCUAAAGGCGGCUCAACUCACCAUCAAGAAAUAUGGAUCUAUACGUCGAGUGUUUAUAGUGAGCGAAAGAGAUUUGAUAUUUACUGAGAGGAUGCAGAAGGAAAUCAUCAGUGAUUAUCCACCUCAGGAUGUGAAAAAAGUAAGUGGUUCUGAUCAUAUGGUCAUGUUUUCAAAGCCUCAAGAACUAUCAUCACUUCUGCAGACUGUUGCUGAGGAGAUGUAACUGAAUCAUCUUAAUCUAUUUGUAUUUGUUUAAUUACAUGAUUGAACAGAAUAAAGUAUUGUAGAACAUGAAGCUAUUUGAUGAAAAGAAUAUUAGUACUAUAUUGCUGAAUUUCAUCGAUUUGCUAGCAUGAGUUUGAUUCCUUCUGCAUCAAACUAUUACAUCCAAA